AACCAAAAGUAAAGUAAGCAACUUAGUCUGUUAAUUUCAGUCAAUUACAUAUUUAGCAAUGGUUGCGAUAUGUCGCUUGUGUGCUUCAUUAAAAAACUCGGAAACGUUGACGUUUAUUCCAGACAACAGUCAUGAUUUAUCUAUGAAAUUGCUAAAAUGCUGCCAAUUAAACAUUGAUUUAAAUAAUGUUUUACCUCGCGGUGUGUGUCCUGAAUGUAUUCGUAAUUUGAGUGCGUCUUUUGAAUUCUACGUAAAGGUCCACGAAUCUCAACAAGCAUUGGAAAAAAUUUUAAAUGUUCGAAAUAAAAUUAAAAACUUUGGUAAUAUUUCGGAAGAGAAAAAGAUUUUGGAGAAGCAGAAAUCUUUAGAUUUGAUUGCAGCUGCAAAUGCUUCUCAAGAAGAACUAUCUAUUGGGACUGAAAUUCAAAUAGGUUAUGCUGAAGUUAACAAAAUUGAUCCCAUGAAGAUGUUAGAAUGGUCGGAUGAUGUUGAUGAGCUUUCGACUGUGGAAAAAGAUAAUGAAAUAAUAAUAGAACAUACAAGACAGAAACCCCUAUGCACUGAAAGUGCGGACGUUAAGUUUAAAAUAAGAAAUUUCCGUGGCAAAACCUGCGAAGUAGACGCAAAAAAUGAGAAACCGAACAAUACUAUUGACUCUGAUGUAAAUACGGCAAGAAUGUUCGAUAAGCAGGAAAUUGAUUUUGAAUUUGAUGAAGAGCCAUUAGUUGAAGUCGAGGAAGAGAAUCAAAGGAAUAUGAAAAAAAAUGGGAAGAAAUUUAAGAAAAUUUUGCGUAAUCCGCCUUAUUUCGAUUCUGAAAGUGUCAGUUGUUCUCAAGAAGAGUAUGUUUCUGUAGGUUUUGAUCAAGGUGCAAUAAACACUUCCACUUGGUAUGAUUAUGUUUGGAAGUGCGUACAUUGUUCGCAAAUAUUUUCCACAUCUCGAGAACUUGCCGAGCACUAUAAACAAGUUGAAGAAAAAGAAUGUGUCUGGGUUUGCGCCGAUUGUAUGAAAGUAUUCCCCCGUUACUAUAGCUUGAUUAAUCAUAUACGUCAACGUCACCGCCAGCACCUGGGAUUGUGUUGCGAUAUUUGUAGUGAAAAUUUUAGGUCUUUUGCAGAACUUGAUAGCCACCGUCAAUCUUUGCAUGACGAUUUGAUUUUUAAAAUGCUUAUCUGUUCCAAAUGUGGAAAAGGUUUCAAAAAUACGAAUUCGCUGCAGAUUCAUAGCAAAUGUCAUCUACCUGAUAAUAUGCGAUUACAAUUUAGUUGCAAUUUAUGCAGCAAGAAUUUCCGUAGUGCAUCUAGCUUGAAAUUUCAUCAAAAGACGCAUUCAGGUUUAAAAGAUUUCGUCUGCGACCAGUGUGGGAAGAAGUUUACACAAAGGGCGAAUUUAGAAGAACAUUUGGUGACACAUAUCGAAUUUACUCCCUAUGAAUGUGAUCUGUGCAGUAAGCUUUUUAAGACUUCAGAACGUUUAUCUAAGCACAAAACAUGCCACACAGAUGAUAAACCCUAUAAAUGUAAUUGGACUGGCUGUGAAAAAACCUUUCGCACAAAAGAUGCCAUGAAGUCGCAUGGUAGAAUUCACACUGGGGAAAUGCCUUUUCAAUGCCUAUUCUGUCAAAAACCAUUUCGUUUCAGAAGUACUUUAUUGACCCAUCACAACAUUCACACCGGCAUCAGGCCCUACUCAUGUAAUGAUUGCAAUCACCAAUUCACUAACUGGCCAAACUAUAAUAAACACAUGAAACGACGCCAUGGAAUUGACGUUUCGAGCAAAAAUCCCCGUGGCAAAAAGCCCAUUUUGCAAAAAAAGAACACCAAUAAAAAAGAAGAUCCUGAAAAAACCAACAAUACUGAUGGGGAUAAAUUAUCAACUGAUCAGGAAAUGUAUGAGUAUUCAGUAGAAGAAGAACACUUGGAAGAUGAAGAAUUACAAAUUAUUGAACUAGAAGACUUUGAUCCAUUUUACGAACCUGGAAGUGAUUUUCAACUACAAUAAACUGAAGAACAUGCUACUUUUUAAAUUCAAACCCUAAACCAUUUAUGUGACUUGUCUAAAUAAAAAAAAAACUAAUUUCACGGAAAAAACGAUCCCAAUGAUUUCGACCAACUAUGAAUUGCGACAAUAGCAAUACGGAUUCCAAAAACAGUCUUUAAUGUGAACUAGUGUCUUUAAAAAAACGACUAUCGUAAAAAGUAAUCGCUGUGAAAAAAUAACUAGAUAUUUCACGAUUAUCAUAAUUCGUAGCACGAGCCAUUAUUAACAAGAACCACUAUCAAAAUAGUAAUUAAUAUUUCGAUAUAGCAUAUGGUUUGAAUACCACUAUGCGCCGUUCACUUUGUAGCUACUGCAGUCGCCUAGAUUAUCAUAUCAUUGGCCCUCUCGAAGAGAAGAAAUGUAUUGCAAAUAGUAAACAAAAAGUGAUGACACAUUCUUAAGUAAAAUAAAACCUACGAAUUAUA